AUGCUCGAUACUCCGGCAAUAUCUCUUGUCGAAUACGGCGUCUCCCUUCAAAACGGGUUCCUUCCGGAGGUGCUUCCCUUACGGAGGUUGGAGGAUCCUUACUACUCGCGAUGGGAGGAUAUUGUCCAGGACUUGCCCGCUAUCAUUAAGGCUGGCACUAUCAGGCAAGCCGUGAAUAAUCUGCCCAUUCUUAGUACGGAAAAUUUGCAACAAGAGCCCGAAUGGCGAAGAGCCUACGUUGUGCUGGCCUAUCUCACACACGCCUACAUAUGGGGAGGUGAAACCCCAAAAGAUAGGUUACCGCCCUCUAUAGCGCGCCCGUUCAUCGAAAUUUCCAACCAUUUGGAGCUACCACCAUGUGCCACAUAUGCAGCUCUUAAUCUAUGGAACUUUUCAGUGCCAUCGGAGGAUACAGAUCUCACAGACCCGGACAACCUAUCCGUAGUGACCUCAUUUACUGGCACCAAGGAUGAAGAGUGGUUUUUCGUCCUCUCCGUCGCUAUCGAGGCCAAAGGAGCGCAGCUCAUCGAGUUUAUGCUGGAUGGUAUCCACGGUGCUAGUAUUGACGAUGAGAAACGUGUUAUUGCCCGCCUCGAACAACUUAGCUAUGGUCUUGGAGAACUUGGAAAACUCUUGGAACGGAUGUAUGAGAAAUGUGCACCAUCUGCUUUCUAUCACCAGCUACGCCCAUUUCUAGCAGGCAGUAAGAACAUGGCGUCAGCUGGGUUGCCAAAUGGAGUGUUCUAUGACCUUGGGGAUGGUCAAGGCGAGUGGCAUCAAUACAGUGGUGGUAGUAAUGCGCAAAGUUCUCUGAUCCAAGCCUUUGAUAUAUUCCUCGGUGUGGAGCAUUCAGCUACUGGGGAGACGAAGUCCAACGGCAAGUCGCAAACUCAAGUCAGAUCCGGUUAUAUUCAACAUAUGCGAAACUACAUGCCAGGUCCACAUCGACGUUUCCUGGAGAUGAUGGCCCGCACCUCCAAUGUUCGUCCGUAUGUGAUGAGCCACAAAGCCGGAUCUGCCUUGAGGGAUGCAUACAACAUGGCGGCCAUGUCACUCGGGGGGUUUCGAGACAAGCAUGUCCGGAUGGUGACCCGAUACAUCAUUAUGGCUGCAAGAACUCCGCCACCAAACCACACACCUUCGCAGACUAAUCUGGCAACGACAACAUCUACUUUGAUGGACAAGUCCCAUGAGAAUAUUACAGGAGGGAUCAGAGGAACAGGCGGAACCGACUUGAUACCGUUCCUCAAGCAGACCAGAGACACUACGAAGGCAGCAGCCCGAUAUGUGGAUUGA